AUGGAAGUAAAUAUGAGAUUGUACAUUUUUUUAAGUCAUAUAGGGUUAGCCUUUAUUUUAAUGUAUUCUUUUAUGAAAUACAGCGAAUUUUACUCGGCAGUUGUGUAUUUAUCAACGGAAAAAUUCCCAAGAACAAUAAUAUAUAAUUUCUUCCUUAUGAUAUUUAUAAUAUUAUGUAAGUUACUGCUAAACAUUUUUAUCGGCGAAUUAAGAUAUUUAGAAGUAGAACAACUGAUAGACAAUGCAAGGGCUUUUAUAAUGGACACAAUCUUAUUUUUGGUCUUAUCCAAACCUACGAUAAAUGGAAAAGAAGUAUCUUCCAUUAUUUUAAUUAAAUAUUUAUCGAUUAUUGUUAUUCUUAAGGCUUACCAUUUGGUCCUGUACUCAAGAGUUUCACACAUAUUCGAGUUAGGUGUACCGAGAACAAGAGUAUUAGUCAAGCUGUUCAUUUUCAUGUGUCUGCUUUCAGUAGCUAACUUAACAAUGUUUACUUAUUUUUAUAAAUAUUCAUUAAGAAAUUCAACUAUGUAUCUAUGGUUAUUUUUCGAAAGUUUAAGUAUUUUUGAAUCCUGCCAAAUAUCUAUAUUUAAAUUUUUUGUUAAUAUAAUUGAUUUAAGGGCCCCCAAUGGAUUAUCUUCUAAAGCUACCAUUUUGUUUUUUUUGGACAUUUUGCAUGAUAUUAUGAGUUUGAUUAUAUUUUUAGUUUUUAUUUUGGUUUUUAUUUUAAAUAAUUUCAGUAACCUGCCAUUACAUAUGACUGCUGACAUUAUACAUGUUGUAAAAACAUUAAUAUCUAGAUUUAAAUCUUUUCAAAGAUAUCGAGAAUUGACGAAAAAUAUUGAAACCAAAUUUAUUGAUGCUACUGAAGAAGAAAUAAAAGAAGUCGGUACUUGUAUAAUAUGUAGAGAUGAUUUAAAACAAGGAUCAAAAAAAUUGACAUGCUCACAUAUAUUUCAUGUUGACUGUUUAAAAUCUUGGUUUAUACAACAACAGACUUGUCCCAUAUGUAGAACAGAAAUAAGGCCACAAACAAAUAAGGAAAUGAAACCGAAUAAUAAUUCUAGAGAAAAUGAAAAAGAUGAAGAAACUGUAAAUAAACCAUCUGUACAAGAAAUAAUAACAAAACCAACCUUUUUACCAAAGGAAGAUUCCCCCUUUUUAAAUGAUAUCUGUUCAUUAAAAAUUUUUAACACAAAAGAAGAAAGAUGUGCUCUUAUUAACCAAAAUAUGAACACAAAGGAGCAAAUAAAAAUAUUGGUCGACUUGUGUGAAUAUUACAAGGAGUUGUGUUUGGCUUGCUUAAAAGAAAUUGACAAAAUUAAUCACAGCGCAGUGCCGGCAAAUGUAAUGCUAAGAAAUAUUUAUGGUUCCAUAAAUUAUAAUAUAUUAAAUAAUAAGGAAGAAGACGAGGUUAAAAAAUAUAUAAAUAAGUUAUCGCAUGUACCGCAAAUGAGUGUUCUUAAGAAUUAUUUGGAAAAAAUAUUAAUUACAGACAUGAAGUACACAAAAGACAUUUGUUCAUUGAUGUAA